AUGGAUAACAGCCAGCAAAAAGAUGUACCAGACUGGUCUUUAAGACUUACAGAACAACUUUUAUCGCCUCACCAAAUUCCACCUAGUGUGACUCAACCUACACAUAACAGACUCUCAGAGACAUCUUCAAAGGCAACCACACUUCGUAAUUCUACUUAUUUUACUAAAAAGACAGAUCCUCCUAUUCAACACCAAGAUGAAGAAUCGAAUGUAUGGUGGGUCACCAAAAAUGAUCAAGAUGGAUUCUAUAGUGUAGGUGGACUUUUAUUUUUAUUUGGAUUUCUUUGCCCGCCUCUGUGGUGGAUUGGAUCCUUUUGGCCCAGACAUGUCAGGGAAAAAGGUGGUAAAAUGGCAGAUCGAUGGCAAAAGUUAAAUAGAAUCAUGUCACUUGGAUUUAGUUCGAUUCUUUUGAUUCUAAUCAUUGUAUUUGUUGUGUUAUAUGCAACUCAUAGUCUUUAA